UCAAAUAAGAAAAAUGUAUACUCCAUCACUAUUUACAAGGUUUGUUAGAUGGAGAGUAAAAGACUUUGCUUCAUGUUUCUUGGCUUGCAGCUUCCCUGCAGAAGAAGAACCAGCCGAGACUAAUCCACCUUCGUCAUCGAAACAUCCGAAGGGAAACAUUGUUUCCGAAAGGAAUGUUGACUCCGGAGGUAAGGAGAUUAACGAAAGACGGAAUGAAUGCGACAACGGAAGACGAAGGCGAACCCUGAGUUCGAAAAACAGAGUUUCAAUGGACGAUGGAAGCGAAAACUCAAGCAGGCCAUGCUUUUCUGAUGAAGAAUACAUAGUCUUCUGUUUUAAAGAAGAUGGAGCGUUUCUAGUUAUGGAAGAUGGCAACAAAUCAGAAGAAUCCAAUACAAGUUCAUGGGCAGUAAAUCGAAAGGUUAAGUACAAUCUUGAUUUUGCUGAAACAGAUAAGCACACAAGUGACCAAGGAAGAUCAAAUGAAGCAGAGAUCAAUGCUGCUAAAGAUCAGGGUGAAGGAGAAAGGAGUAGCAAUUGGUGGGAAGAAGAGGAGACACCAAACCACCGUGGGACCGUUUCAGUUGAAUCAAGUGGAUCCAAUCAAUCUGAUGGCAGCACUGGAUCCUUUGCCUUUCCCGUAUUAGGAUGGGAGUGGAUGGGAAGUCCAGUGCAAAUGCCAAAAUCACAAGGCAUUAUUAACACAAGGAAGAACAAGGCCCCUUCUCUUCAUUUUCAUUGUUUUAGAUUCUGAUCCUCCACUUCUUUCU